AUGGACAACGACGAAAGCAGGGAGCCGCCGAGGAAACGUCUACGUUCAGCACAGCCAACUCGUCGCGGGAGGUCUCGUGGUGCGCGUGGUGGCUCCGUGAACCCCAAUACUGCCAGAAAAGAGUCGGGGGAACUCGAUCAUCUACCAACAGAAGAACAAGCACUGGAGUCUGAAAGCUCAGUUGACCCACGAGCGCUUCCCAUCCCCGCUGCUCUGGAACGAUACAAAGCUUGGAAAGAUCCCCCGUUUCUAAUGCCGGAGAUGCGGCCUUUGGCUGCUUCUUCAUUAUCAUCGGCCCCUGUGGAGGCAGCUGAGGCAGCGGGAGCUACACCCUCAACUAAUGACAUGGGUCGGCAAGAUCUAUCAAAUUCGCACCAAGUUCACCAGAAUCAAGAGACGAACAGGACAACCGAGGCGUCGAAAGACACGCCCAGUACGUCCGCCAGGAGGACUCGUACCGCCAAAGCAUCCCCUUCCGCUGCGAGAGAGGAAACAGCCGCAGCCCCUUCAUCAAGCACCACUCGCACCGGAAUCACCCCCCUACCUCCGCCGACAACUUCAACAGCAGCAACCUCACGGGAUGACCCGCCCCGUACCAGCACAUCCACAGCACGGGCACCAGCCGCGCGCAAAUCCCGCUACACGACCCUCCCAACAGACGUCGACGCCGCGCUUCGGCUCCUAUACGCCGAGCUCGAGACAGCCCACGAGCUCCGGCACAAGGUCGGCGACGUCGAGGGCCAGGUCGCGCAGAUGCAGCGGGAGCUACACCUGCGCAACAGCGAGCUCGCGGUGGCCAGGCGGGCGGCGGACGUGGGCCGCGUCUCGGCGUCGGAGAUGGAGCAGCUUAGGGCGCAGGCUGCGCUGGGGGAGAAGGCUGUUGAAGAGGCGGCUGGGUUGAGGGCGGAAAAUAGGAGCUUGCGCGCCGAGCUGGAGACGAGUCGGGAGAGGCUUGUUGAGAGCGAGCGGGCGCUGGAGGAGUGGAAGCGGAAGCUUUCGGCGUUGAUGUCGUAG